UAGCCAUUAAUGAUCUCUCUCUCUUCCUUCUCUCUCUCUCUCUCUGUGUCAGAGGCCUUUCUCUUCUCUCUCGCGCUCUCUGGUUUUGUUGAGGCCUUUGCUCGAACCCUAGCUAGCCCUUCCGAUUUCUCGGCAAAUAAUCGGGGAAAAUCGCCGAGGAAAUGCAGCACCAGAGGCUGAAGCAGCAGCAGCAACAGCAAGCUCUGAUGCAACAGGCUCUUCUUCAGCAGCAUUCUCUCUACCACCCUGGCCUCCUUGCUCCGCCUCAGAUAGAGCCAAUCCCAAGUGGAAAUCUGCCUCCUGGUUUUGAUCCAAGUACUUGCCGCAGUGUGUAUGUUGGUAAUAUCCAUACCCAGGUGACAGAACCACUUCUUCAAGAGGUCUUUGCAAGUACAGGUGCUGUUGAAAGCUGUAAACUUAUAAGAAAGGAAAAGUCAUCCUAUGGGUUUGUCCACUAUUUUGAUCGCAGAUGUGCUGCUCUGGCAAUAGUAUCUCUCAAUGGAAGACAACUGUUUGGACAGCCUAUCAAAGUGAAUUGGGCAUAUGCCAGUGGUCAGAGGGAAGAUACAUCAGGACACUUCAACAUUUUUGUAGGUGAUCUCAGUCCUGAGGUUACUGAUGCCACAUUAUUUGCUUGCUUUUCUGUAUAUUCCAGUUGUUCAGAUGCAAGAGUUAUGUGGGAUCAGAAGACAGGGCGCUCUAGAGGCUUUGGAUUUGUCUCAUUCCGGAACCAACAGGAUGCUCAAAGUGCAAUUAAUGACUUAAAUGGUAAGUGGCUUGCCAGUAGACAGAUACGUUGCAACUGGGCAACAAAAGGUGCUGGCACCAAUGAGGAUAAGCAGAGUUCAGAUGGCAAGAGUGUGGUGGAACUAACUAAUGGUUCUUCAGAAGACGGAAAAGAGCCAACAAACAAUGAGGCUCCGGAGAACAACCCCCAAUAUACCACUGUCUACGUUGGCAAUCUUGCUCCGGAGGUCACUCAGCUUGAUCUUCACCGUCACUUUUACGCUCUUGGUGUUGGAGUAAUUGAAGAGGUUCGGCUUCAGCGUGAUAAAGGUUUUGGUUUUGUCAGGUUCAGUACCCAUGGUGAGGCAGCUCUCGCUAUACAGAUGGGAAAUACUCAGUCGAAUUUGUUUGGAAGACAAAUAAAGUGUUCUUGGGGCAGCAAGCCUACUCCACCAGGAACAAUCUCAAACCCACUCCCUCCCCCAGCUGCAGCGGUGCCUUUACCAGGCCUCUCUGCAACAGACCUCUUAACCUAUGAGCGUCAACUAGCAAUGAGCAAGAUGGGUGGUGUCCAUGCCCUCAUGCACCCCCAGGGACAGAUCCCUCUUAAGCAGGGGGCCAUGGGAAUGGGCACAGCUGGAGCAAGCCAGGCUAUAUACGAUGGUGGAUUCCAGAGUGUUGCUGCUGCCCAGCAGCUCAUGUACUAUCAGUAAUAAUAUACAAGUUAAAUGCUACAGGCUACCUAUAUAUUCCUGCACUAUGCAGGCGUUAUCUGAGAGUUAUAAACCCCUUUAGGAAGCUAUUUAUUGUGUAUCCCUCCCUUAUGAGGAGAGGUCGCUUAUCCUGUCUUAUAUGAUGAUUGCUAUCUGUGUAUGGAUAUGUAACAUGUAUGAUCUCGUGUUUUCUUCUUUUUUAUGUUGAGAGCUUGUUAUUAACACGAGUGUUUUUAGCCUUUUAUGUUAAGCCUCUUUUAGCCUUUUUAGCUU